AUGAUACCUUCAGAUUUUUCAACCUGGUUUCCUCCUGUCAGUGAUGCAGGUUACGGCCACUCUACACCUCAAACGAUUGGUGGAAAAAUAUUUUGUAUGUUUUAUGCGUUGGCAGGAAUUCCAUUGUGUAUCGUCAUGUUUCAGUCUGUUGGUGAACGCUUGAAUACAUUUGUGACGUUUCUUUUAAAACAAUUACGGAAGUGUUUUAAAAUGAAAAAUCCUGAAGUUUCUCAAACUAAUUUAAUAUUAAUAACUAUGAAUUUAUCUAUGAUAGUGUUAACUGCAGGUGCUGCGGCGUUCACGUCCUAUGAAGGUUGGCAAUACGUGGAUAGUUUAUAUUACUGUUUUAUCACCCUAACGACAAUCGGGUUCGGAGAUUAUGUGGCGUUACAGAAAGAUAAUGCUCUAGAAACAAAGCCACAAUAUGUAGCGUUCAGUUUAAUAUUUAUUUUAUUUGGACUUACUGUGAUUUCCGCUGCUAUGAAUUUAUUAGUGUUGAGAUUUUUGACAAUGAACACGGAAGAUGAACGGCGGGAGGAAUUGGAGGCUGCUGCCGCGGCUCAGGGAGCUGUCCGUUUAGAAGGGGACAUAAUAACUGCUAAUGGAAAUGUGGUUUCCGGUGCUCAAGAAACGCCAGAAUUUAAUGACUUAGUGUCGGUGUGUUCGUGUUCGUGUUAUAAUUUACGUUCGAAAUGUCGUCCAAGGUAUAAAGUAACUCGGGGACCAACGAAAAUCGGACAUCUUUUGCCAAUGCAGUCUGUGUCUAAUAAAGAGGACUCUCAUAGUUGUGUAGAAGACACUAACUCUUAUUUCCAAAAUCAAUUAAAUAAAAAGCGAGCCUCUAUUUGA